AAAGCAGUGGUUUGUAUUUUCGAACAGGAAGUAAAUUGAAUGACGGCUGUCAUUAAAUACCAGUUCCAUUCAGCCAUUAGGUACAGGAAGAGUGUGAUUAUCCGCAAAAAUGGCCUGGCGACCAUCCAGGAUUAAAUGUGGCGUUGGUGUAUGUAAUUGCAAAGCACAGGGCAGUGAGGGACUUGAAGUCAGAGUAGGAGAGAUAUUUCACAUCCUUGAGGACUACCAUGCUGUUGAUAAUCAGCCACCUGUGUGGUUCAGAGGGACUUCAUUAAGGAGCAAAGGAAAAAUGGGUGUUUUCCCUGCUUCCUGUAUUGCUGCGAAGAAAUUUACAGUGGAAAAUGAAGGAAAAUAUGAAACAGUCACACCUUCCCAAAAUGCAACAGUGAAAGAAGUGGUGUAUGUUUUACAUGAGUGGUGCCCUUUAUGGAAGAAGUUGUAUUUGGCCAGAGAUUUGAAACUUUUUCAAGACAUUGGCAAAACCAUGUUGGAGUUGAUUAGGCUCCGACGACAGCUGCUUUCUGACACACUUACCCAUGACCAAGUCAAAGAUGUUAAACAGAAAAUCAUUUCUCUCAUAGAUUGGGGCAAUAGAAAUUUAGGUUUGGAAUUUGUUCCACGCAUAAAUCAGGAACAAGUUGAGGCAGAUGCUACAAGUGCUGUCAAGCUUUAUCGAAUACAUGCUCAACACACCAGCAACAUUGCUCAAGGAGCACCAGGAGAGAGAGUGGGAAGUGGAGACGUGAAACAUGCACCCAUUGACGAUGCUCUUUUCCACGUGAAUGACUUUCUUUGCAAUCCAGGAGAGUGUGGGGGAAUUGGAGACAUUAAACCUGCACACACCUACCAUAUUCUUUUCCACCUGAAGGGCUUCCUUUGCAAUGUGGGUGACACAACAGAUAUCUUCUUUUCUCUGUAUGAUGCUCAACAGAACACACAUAUCAGUGAAAGAUUUAAGACCACAUACACAAAGAAUGGUAUUCCUGAAGACAUGGAGAGACUACAUGAGGACCGGGUGCUAUUUACAAGCCUGGGCUACUCCGAUUUACAGAAAGAUUUAUACAUCAUAGCUUGUAUGUACAGAAGAGGGAAAAUGAAAGUGUCUGAAUCAUCUAAAAGACUCCUCAGUAAAAACUCAACAUGUCUACAAACGACCAUAUGGGUGUGCAGUUCACAGUCUUCGAGAGUUUUUGCAGUCUUCAGAAAGAUACGAAGAAACAGAAUUUUGUAUGAAAGUCCAUAUUGCAAUGAAAGCGAAUCUCAGUUCCCUAUUCUCCUUGAGGCUCAAAUAAAGAAACAGUCACAUGGAGCCAGAUACAUUGCUUCAGGAAAUCCAACUCAGAGUCAAGCUCUGGUGGGGUCCUUACGGUGUCUUGAUGGAGAUUUGCAACAGGUCCACUUGCAGAACCCCCUACUGUUCAGCAAACCUUUUCCUCGGGCCAGCAAGAUGGGCUUCCCAGACGUCAUCAAUCCAGCUGAUGUUCGAAAUGAUCUGUACAUCACGCUGUACUGCGGGGAGUUUGAGAAGGGAGAUAAAUCAGCAGCCCGUAACAUUGAAGUCACCAUGACCGUGUACGACAGCAACGGAGAUCAGAUUCAGGAUUGCAUUAUUGCGGGCAGUGGUGAUUCACCCAAUAAGGAAUAUCAGACUGCAGUAUUUUAUCACAACAACAAGCCUGAGUGGAAUGAAACAGUAAAUGUUUGUCUCAACAUGGAUCAGUUUCCAGGCUCUCACAUUCGCCUGGACUUCAAGCAUUGCUCAACACGCUUUAGGGCCGAAAAGAAACUGUUUGCCUUUUCUUAUGUCAGCAUAACAUCUGAAGCGGGUGUAACACUGAAAGAUGGGAUGCAUAAUCUCUGCGUGUACAAGUGUGUGGAUCCCAAAAAGUUGCAGAACACAUCCAACUACCGCCAGCUUAUUUCCUUUGUGGAUGACCUCAACGUGCCAGAAGCCAUGGCUAGUGUUUCUUCCGGACCAAAGUUUGAUCUCAGUCGUGAAAGAUUCACUAUCUGCUCCAAACUUUGCUCAACAAAAUUUACACAAAAAGCGGACCUUAUGGCUGUUCUCCAGUGGAAACGAAACCCUAAAUAUCUUCCAGCCAUAUUGGAAAAGUUACAAAACCUGGAGGGUGGAGAAAUGGUGCAGUUUUUGCAAGAUAUCCUGGAUGCAGUAUUUGAUAUGUUUGGAUCACACAUGUCCAAUGCUGCUCACAAUUCACCUCAGGUUUUCAAUGCCCUGGUGUACAUUUUGAACCUACUGAAGAAGCCUGAAUUUGAAAACUUUAUCCCAGUGUUAGACACCUACAUAGCAAAGACCUUUUCAGCAUCAGCCUUGUACAAAGAUUUGAUCCAAUGUAUAAAGGACAAAGUUCAUCAGGGUUCAGAGAGUAGAAGAGUGCCCAACCUGUUGACAACCUUUGAGGUGUUGGAUUACCUGUUCAAGAUCUUGGUGAGGUCUCGGGAGCUCUCCAGGUCCAUGAGUGUAGAGGGAGAUGAAAACUUUAAGGAGGAGAUCUCAAAGCUUUUCAAAGAAAUGCACAACUUCAUUGCUCUUGAUUUUGAUGGGCUUCAAAUGGCCCAGCGAUCACUCCUGCUGCACUUGUUCAAGUGUUCUGAGGUGCUGGAGCACCUUCUGCCCAAGGAAGAUGUCUGUAACCUGCUGUGUGACUUGGUUAGAGUCUCAAAAGAUGGACGUGGAGGAUGCCAACAGGCAAAAAUCCAACUUCUUAGAGACUGUGUCAAUUCAGAUCUCUUCAGAAUCAAAGACUGCCGAAAUGUCUUACUGCCUGUGUGUAAAUCCCAGAUCAAAAAGUGCCUCAUUCAAAAAGGAGACGUUAAACAUUGUACAGACCUUUUGGGGGAUAUUUUGCACUGCCUUUCCACUUUAAAAGAUGUAAGAUAUGAGAAAGUAGCUGUGUACAGUGAUGUCAGCACCCUGGUUCUGGCUCUGUUUGAUGUUGUCCUCCAGACAGCGCAGCACUACCAAGCUCAGCAUGAUGACCCCGAACAUACCAAGGUCGUGCCACCACUGGUGGCCUGUAUCAUUGAGAUGUUGAAACUGAUGGAUGACAGUCACUACAGCGAACUCCUGCAGUCGUACCCCAGGGGAAAACCUAUGAAGCAAUUUCUCACAAGAGUAUUGACAACAUUUCAAGAGCUCAUUAAAGCAAACAUUUUCCCCAAAGAUUGGUUUGUGAUGAAAAUGGUGACUAACAAUGUUAUCCUGACGGCCGUCCAGUAUUUUGCUCAAGCUCUGACAGAUUAUUUCCAUGAGGAUUUAGAGUUUGACUACCAGAAUCACUCACGAUCUAUCUGGAGUAGUUACUUCCACUUAGCUGUUGCUUUUAUUACCCAGCCAAGCUUACAGCUUGGGGACUUCUCACAGGGAAAGAGAGAGAUUGUCCUGGAAAGAUACGGGGACAUGAGAGUUUUACUGGGCUUCCAGAUACAGACUUUGUGGCAGUCCUUAGGAAACCACAAGCAUUAUUUCAUCCCGGACUUGGUUGGGCCCUUUUUGGAGAUCACUUUAGUGCCCUCUGUGGAACUGAGGAAAGCCAUGCUCCCUAUCUUUUUUGACAUGAUGGAAAGUCAAAUCAAGCACAAAGGCCAUUGCAAAGAGCUCGAGAACGAGAUGAUACUACAGCUCGAUCAGUUGGUCACAAGUUACAAAGGGGACGUUGAAGUGAAGACAAUGUUUGAAAACAUAAUGCAAGAAAAGUUGAGAGGAAAUAUGGGCCUGAAAGAAAAUGGUACAGCAUUCAUGAAGUCCAUUACAAACCUAUUGGAACAACUUCUAGAAUACAGGCAAGUUCUCGAUGGAGAAGAAAACCGAGACAAACGAAUGCACUGUACCUUUAACAUUCUUAACUUCUACAAGGCAGAUGGCAACAGGACAGAGAUGUAUGUGCGAUACAUCGACAAGUUGCACACAUUGCAUGUAGAUGCUCAGAAUUAUGUAGAAGCUGGCUUCACACUGCUGCUAUAUGCGGAUCUUCUACCUGAAGGCUGGGCGGAUGACGCCCUCCAAGCUGAACUCUCCUACCCACCCCAGAGGGUGUGGGAGAGGAAAGAGGCCUUAUUCAAGGACAUUAUUGACCACUUCGACAAAGGAAAGUCUUGGGAGUACUGCAUCCCACUUUGUAAGGAGUUGGCUCAACUUUAUGAGAAGAAGUGUUAUGAUUACCUAAAACUGAGUGAAAUCUUGCAAAAGCAGGCAAAAUGUUUCACCAACAUUUUGGAAGGACCAGCCCUGAGACAAGCACCAGCAUAUUACAGAAUUGCAUAUUAUGGGCAGAGUUUCCCCCCUUUUGUACAGAACAAAGAGUUUGUCUACCGUGGGGAUGAAUGCCAAAGAUUGGGUGCCCUGAUCAGUCAGCUUCAGACUGAGUUUCCCUCAGCAACCAUCAUGAGCUCAAACAGUGCACCUCCAGAAAAUAUCAAGAAUGGGGAAGCACAGAACAUCCAAAUAUCCAGUGUGAAACCAGUGCCCAAAGAUCGCCCAGAAUUUGUGAAUAAUGCUGCGCCCUCAGAAAUUCGACAGUUUUACCAAGUGAAUGAAAUUGACACCUUCCAACUUGACAUUCCCUUUCACAGAGGGGAAAAGGAUAAGACAAACGAGUUUAAGACACUCUGUAUUGAGAGGACCAUCCUCCAGACAUCCUAUACACUGCCAGGAAUACUGCGCUCCUUUGAGGUCGUGAGCAGUCGCCGCGUUUCUCUGACGCCAAUUGAGUGCGCCAUUGAGCGCAUGAAUGAGGUGAAUAUGGAGCUGCGGAGCCUGGUGGACAAGUGCAGGAUGCAGCCAAACGAGUACUUCAACCAGCUGGAAAUGAGGCUGAAUGGAGUGAUUAGUCCCAGUGUCAAUGGUGGAAUACCUUUGUUCCAAGAGGCAUUUUUCACAUCAGAGUUUCCUCAGCAGCACCCAGAAGAAUCAAAGCACCUGAGUACAUUAAAAGCUACAGUGGUGGAACAGAUUCAGCUUCUAGAGACAGGUCUCAAGCUGCAUGGUAUGAUAGCCCCAGCUUCCCUGCAACCGCUGCAUAAAUCACUGGAGGACUCCUUCCGCAGCCUGAAGCGCAGUGUCCGGGAAUCGGGGUCGCCCUCAUUUGUACACUCACUGCACUCGUCUCCUGGGAGCUCCCGUGGACCUGCUGAUACCAACAGUGUGAAAUCUUUAACCAGCACCCCACCAAGUAGUAACAGGUCAUCAACCACCAGCAGUGACAUUAAUCUGAUGAAAUUUGAGGAGGAUGACAUCUACACAGAGGCACAGGCUGAUUAUGAAGCGAUUCCCAGCCUGCCCCAGAAGAGGCUAAGUUUCUCCUGUUCCACAGGCGAUGUGCCUUCCCCAUCUGGGUCUCCUUCACAAGCCCAGCGUCCUCAUUCUGUAUUCAUAGAUAGCAAACAUAGUACAGAUAAGCCCAAAGAAAUGGUGCGGAAUGGGAAGACUCAUGGGAGUGACUCCAAUCUGUUAGCAAACAGAGUGCCAGUGCAAACUUCUCAGAAAGGUCUGAAAAAUUCCAAAUCUAGUGAGAACAUUCGCCCUCCAAUGUCCAUAUCUUCCAAUCCCUCAUCCCACUUGAGGCGAAACCAGUCCCAACAAGGUCCCAAAGCUGGCCAUGACAGCGCGGCACCACCCCUGCCCGUGCGACGACCAAUCACAGUGCUUCCUAAAAGCAUAGCCCCAUCAUCACCAUCUGCCUCUGCCUCAGUGAAUGGGAAGGAUGUUACACCUCCAAGUCUACCUGUCAGCAGAAAAGCUUCAGCUGGACAGCUAGGCGUGUUGACGGAAGUGAGCCGUCUGUCAGCAGUAGAGGAAAAGGCUCCUGAAAAACCAAAGAAGGAAGUAGAAUCCAAAAGCAGUGCAUCAGUAGAUACUAAGUCUGCACCACCCCUGCCACCGAAGAACCUGUCCGUUCGCACACCACCCCCACCAGCACCAAAACCUUCUCACUCUUCUAGACAAUCUCACCGAGCCCCAAAUUUGCCUCCAAGAAGAAACAGUCAAAAGGAGUCACCAGCAGAGGCUACCAAAUUAUGACCAUAAAGAAAUCCAUCCCCCCACGCUCUCAUAUAAGUCCCCCCACCAUUCUCCCCUGCCCCUCAAUAUGUGACCACAGACAAAGGUCUUCUCUUGUGAUAUACUUUAUUCUUUGUACAUAUGUCUGUCAUAAAUUUUAUAUUAAAUUUUUUAGAACUAACUGAAAGUAUUUUCAUUAUUCGUGGUGUAUUGUGUAUAUGUGAGGCCGCAAAAGAGAUUCAGCUAGUUGCUUGCCAGUCUGCUGGGCUGUCAUCUCUGCCUGUUCAUUAAUGUGACAAUACUGCUGAGGGGUAACGAUGUGAGACAGAUUUUACACAGUAGAAGAACGAAACCCACACCCUGUUCAGCCUGGUUUUUUUAAUUACCUUGUUGAAGUUUUAAUUUAAAUACCUGUAUUUGUUAUUAUUAUUAUGAUCAUCCUUCUUGUUUUACAAUUAAUAACUUAAAAUUGCAAUGAUAAGUGCUGAUUUUAACUAAUUGUAUGAAUGUAGCAAAGUGUUGCUAAUGAAUAUCACAUCAUUACACAGUAAGUUUUCCCUUAAAAAUUGCAGAUAAGCAGGGCAGUUUUUCUUAAUAUUG